AUGGAGCCGAACUCACUGAAGUGGGUGGGCUCGUCAUGCGGUUUACAUGGACCAUAUAUUUUCUAUAAAGCCUUUAAAUUUAACCAGGACGCCAAACCGAGAAUUUUAGCUCUGGGAGACUUUUUCUUCGUCAGAUGUAAACCCGAGGAUCCUAUUUGCAUAGCGGAGCUUCAGCUUCUAUGGGAAGAAAGGACAAGCAAGCAACUUUUAUCAAGCUCCAAACUUUAUUUUCUACCCGAGGAUACUCCCCAGAGACGGACAGUCGCUCAUGGAGAGCAUGAGGUAAUUGCAGUGUCUGAGAAGGUGAUCGUGCGUCUGGAGGACCUUGUGAAGUGGACAGUACCAGACUUCUCAGGAUGGUCCAACGGUCUGAAGGUAGAGCCUCUCAAGCCCUCCGUGCUCCGGGAGCUGGGGACCAACGGGAGGCGCGAGGCCCUCCACCGCUACAGGGAGAGCACGCUGACCAGCGGACUCAACUUCAAGGAUGUCCAGAGGGAACGAGCCCAGCUAGGCCAGGAAGAGGAUGGACGGAAGGUUUUAGUCCUCAGUUACCCCCAGUAUUGCCGGUACCGCUCCGUUUUGGCACGGCUCCGAGAGCAACCGUCCUCUCUGCUCAUAGACCACACGGUGCUGGCGCUGGGCGGCAUUGCUGCGUUGGGUGGGAGCACCAGGAUCCUGUACUGCCGCGACACUUUCGAACACCCCACCCUGCUGCAGAAUGAGAGCAUCUGUGACGAGUUUGCUCCCAACCUAAAAGGACGGCCUCGGAAGAAGAAGCUGUCCUUCUCGCAGAGGCGGGACUCCCAGGGUCAGGCUCAGGGUCAGGGCUUGUCGGGGUCAUCCCAAAGUUCAACAGCUGUGGCAGUGCAGGACCCCUCCAGCCCAGAGAGCAAAGCCACGAACAAGGUCAGACCAAAUUGUAAAACGGUACCCAACGGGAAAAUGACCACAACAGCCAAACAAAAGGCCACCUCCCUCGCUAAGAAAUCCUCCGCCGAGGAGAAGGAGCGAGGAAAGGAGAAGGAAAGGGAGGAGAGGAGUGAGAGGAGGGAGGAGAAGAAAGAGGAGGAAACAUCAGAAGAGAGCCGAGCAGAGGAGCAGGCUUUCUUAGUAGCGCUCUACAAGUACAUGAAAGACAGGGACACGCCCAUCGAGAGGAUCCCCUUCCUCGGCUUCAAACAGAUCAACCUUUGGACUAUGUUUCAAGCUGCUCAGAAACUUGGAGGAUAUGAGUUGAUCACAGUUCGCCGGCAGUGGAAGCAUGUAUACGAUGAAUUGGGUGGAAACCCAAGCAGCACGAGUGCAGCCACAUGUACACGAAGACACUACGAGAGGCUCCUCCUUCCUUACGAAAGGAACAUAAAAGGCGAGCAGGACAAGCCCCUCCCCUUGUCCAAACCCAGGAAGCAGGACGCCGGCCAAGAAAAAGCCUCACCACCCGGAGUAAAAGCCAAAGGAGUUGGGGCCAAAAAACUGAAAAGCCCUAACAAUUCAAAGCUGGCGAGUAAAAAGGACAGAGUGGAGACAGCGAAAGGCCAAGAACAAUCACAGAACUCGAAGGUGCCAGAAGAAAAUCACAAGCUUUCUGCAGCCAUAAAGAAGGAGGUGUCUUUACUAGAUGAACCAAUUGUAAUAGAGGAGGAAGAGUUACAUCUUGCCCUGAAAAAGGAGGAAGCGUUGGCUGUGGAGCAGCCACCUUCGCUCUGCUCCAAAGAACCAGACUUCAGAGCCCCCCCGGUGGGUCUCCCUCCCAACAUAGGGCCUGUUCCCCCAACUGAAUGGAAGCAAAUCAGCGAGGCCGUCCAAGCAAAACUCCCGGGUGAACAGCAAACUGAAGGGCAUUUCAUUCCUAAAAAUCCUUAUCUGCUCCAUCGUUGGGACCAGAAUAAAUCUGCUGGGCAUAUCGCCCUGCCAGAGUCUUUCUCCAAGGUCAAAGACGCCAAUGAAAAUCAUGGUGGGAGAGUUGGGAAGGUGCUGCCGAUGUGUAAACCAACAGAUGGACAAUGCAUGAAUUUGAGCACAGAUUCCUUCCCUGAUAAAGAGGACUAUGGAGUCACUAAGAAGGAGGCUGCCCAGGGCCCCGGACAAGCAGCUGCCUACUGCAAAGCCAGCCAGGGGGUCAUGUCUCCUUUGGCCAAAAAGAAGCUUCUCUCCCAGGUCUGCGAGUCCAACUCCUUCUCCUUUACUCUCCAGCCUCCACCCCCCACAGUGGCAUCUUCUCUGGCCAUCAUAUCAGUGGCUGAACUAGAGAAGGACAAGAGAAAGAGUGAGGAGGAGUUGUUGGGACAGAAACUAGGGUGUUCGUUGGACAGCGUUCCUGAGGUAGCGCCUAUAUUCAGGCCGUCAGUCAUCCAGCACGCCCAGAGCAGCAAGGCUCACCCACAAGCCAGCAGUGGUCAAUCAGAGAGGAGCACUUGUGGGGAGCUGUCAGACACGUACAGCUGUCGGACAAGCCUUCACCUUCAGCCUCAAGUCAGUGCGCCAUGGCAGCCCUACCUCUCCAGAACCCAAGAUGCAGUGGAAAACGGUGGGGAAAAGCUACUGCAAGGCCCAGUUUCUCAGGCCAGGACCUUCACAGGUGACUGCUACUCUUCCCCCCAUCUCCACAGUCUGUACCGACAAACUGAAAGUUGCCUGAGCCAAGAGAGGAUGGGUGGCUUUUCCAGUGGAGAGCAAAGAGAGCACUACAUCAGGGACCGAGAGGGCAGCCAGGGCUUUGUUUGUGGCAGUCUGGAGCAGGAGGGCUUGGCCUACAGAUCUCACUACAGUGACAGGACUCAAACACACGGGGAGAGCAGAGAGGCCGACGAUGAGCCCAGAGACUUUACUAUUUCUAAACCUCUCUCUCAGAGGGUUUCUUCUUUCUCAAAGCCCCCCUUCUGUAGUCUCUCUUAUCCCAUCAUGCACCAUGGCUUAGAUUCCCAUCCUAAAGCAUGCCGAGUUCCACCUAUGACAAUCUCUCCCCCGAAACAGAGCCCGGCAGAUUCAUCACAGCCAUUUCCCAGUCCCAAAGCUUCAGGUGAAUCACCCCUCACAAGCCCGAUUCGACCCAGUAAGCGGAGCCUUGUGGAGCCUGAGAGCGAGGAUGCCCCAGAAAGGAAAGUGCGUGUGGUGACACCAAUCCAUCCCGCAAGUACAAUUCGCCGCAGUGACCCAGAGGAACUGAAACCAGCUGAGCCGGCUCAUGCCAUUCACCUCAACAAUCAUCUACCUGACGGUCACGCUACAACCACCUUCCCCCCACCCCAUGCUGCGGCCCUCUACGCUGGCAUGUACCCGCACGGUGGCCUGGUCACAGCAGGCACCCCCGAUGGACUCCAGCAGCAUCCAGGUCUACAGUACCUGAAAAGCCAGUCAGCUGUGUCUCCUCUCGUCCCCCCUUUAGCCUUCCACUCCAUGAUGCUACACCGGCAGCUGCUGGCCUCCAGCCCCAGCCCGCACCACUUCUACAGGCACCCUGGGGGGGCAGCACUGUACGGAGACCUGUUGCACCAUCUCUACCCUCUUUCAACCCUCCCGCCUCCUCAGCUGUCGUCGGUACACCCCAGCACAAGACUGUAAGGGAGAGAAAAGCAAAUUGUCUUUCUCCUCUGAAACUGUGUCAGCUUCUUUCUGUCUCUCUUGCUCUGGGAUUGUGGCUCAGUUGACACAAAACACUGAUUAUAACUUUGACUAAUAACAGGCUGAUGAAUGCAUCAGUCCGUUUGGACAGAAAGUUCCAUUUUCUUUCUUCUUUUUUAUUUGUUCAUGUUAUUCCUUUGUUUAUAUACUUUGCACUGUUCUUUAUUUGUAUCACCACUUACUGUAUCUUUUGUUGUUGUUGUUGCUGAGUCACCAUUUGCACAAUGUUCAAGCAGUUGUGCUCACAGAUCAGUUUGCCACUCUCAGUAGCCAUGAGACAAGUCGUUAGACUAGAUGUAUGAAAAGUUCAAGUGCAACAGAAGCCAAUUGUUUACUGAGUCUGAGGGCUAAACUUUUGUUGUUAAAAACACUAUAGGUAACAUAACAACAAAGAAGAAAAAAAAGAUUCUUUAUAUAUACCUAAACAUGUGUUCAUCAUUGCGAACAGUGUUGGACAGCUGUUUAGUGCAUUAUUACUCUGCAGCCGGUGGUGUUGUAUGUGUUUACAUGUCCACACGCUGAACUCUGUUGCCUGUUUGUGCCACAGUUAAUCCACCUGGACUGCUUGGAAUAGACAUUAACACUCACUGUGGUGCUGCUUAAUAUAAAUAGUUUCAUUAUAACAUUCAGAGGUGCUGUGUAUGACAGAUGUACUGUAGACUGUUUUUUUUAUUAUUAUUAUUAUUAUUAUUCUGUUCAGGUCUUUUAUUCAUUAUGUAGUUCAGUUCAAAUUCAACAUAAGCAGCUAGCAUUUUCAGGCCACUGACAACCCAUGAAUGUUUAUUUGCUCCGAGAUAAUGAAAAGCUGGUUUAAUUUUUCCUUCCCAAAUUGAAAGUAAUUUGACCCACAAACCCUUUGUAAUGAGUAGACUGUUGAGGGUUGUAUUAGUCUGUAUGACCGGCAUAAUGAAGCAGCCGUCUGCUGUGGAAUGCUAACCACAAAGACAAAGAAAAAAAGGAAAAGAAAUGAAAAGAGAAGAAAAUCAGCAUUUCAUCUUUUUGUUCUUGACUUGAAAAGUUCUUUUCUUUUUUUUUUUUUAAUGAAUAGACUCUUUUAUUCAGCACCCUGAAAAGACUCACUGUAUGAUUUAAUAGGAAUGUUGUCACUUAGGAUAUUACUGCUUUGCAAAUAUCUGUGCCUUUUGCACUCUUGGAUUAGAGUUAGCACUACACUUGUUAAGGUUUAACUUCUUCUUUCUGCUGUCACACUUGUCUCCAAUGCAGUGCAGGCACACUCUAGACAAAAGAAAAAUAGAAAUAAUAAUUUAAAAAAAUAACAUCAAACACCGGACUUAAAGGGUAAGGCACAAAAUGUUAUGUUACAAAAUGUAAACAGUUAAACUGUAAACUAAUGUUUAGUAUUUGUGCUUAAACAAACCAACUAUCCCAGCAAAGCCCUUAUAUAAGAACCAGAAAGAUUUAUUGACAGAUGAUAUUGAUGCGGGGUCUGGUGCCUGUCGUCUGCAGGGCAUGUGUGCUCUAUAUGUUUUGUAGCAGUGAUGAAAAGGUACCAGACUCCAUAAAGUAUGCCUACUGUGCUCCUUCGCCUGAGGUGGAAACGCAACACCUGGGCUGGCUUUUUACAACCACUAUAAUUGCAAUCCAGGAUAGUUGAAAUACACAGCGAACAUGUCUGGUGUUCCAAAAGAAUAAAAAGAAAUGAAAAAGCUGUAAACAUGAAAAUAAAAGUUUUCCUGAGUACUUACAGACCUUUAUUUCUGUUUAAGUACUGUACAUUAUGUAGGUAAAACUGGCAUUUAGUGCUGGUUCGUGUACAGAAACAUUCAUACGGGAUCAAAUCAUAGCAACCCUUCUCUCUCUCUCGUCUUAUUUUCUAUGUAAAUACCAUUGUAGAUAGUACUGCGUGAUUGUUAUCAUAUAAACUGUUAUAAUCUGUAAAUAUUUAAAAAAAUUGAAAAGAAAAAAACAACAGUAUAAAAGAUGGUUACACAAUCUGUGUCCUUAUUUGCUCCGUUUCAUGUUAGGCUCAGAAAAAACACUAUGAUUUCAAAAUAAGGAAACUCUUUUUGUUUCACUUUUUCCAUGUUGUUUCCAUUAAUAUGCAUCCUGAAAGUGUUUUUGAUACUGUAGCCAUCUGUUUACCAAUCACCCAGCUGGCGAGCAAAAUAAAAAGACAAAUAAAGACAUUUUGUAUGAUAUGACCUCCUGUAUAUUUAAUUAAAAUAUUUU